GCCAAGUCAGACGAUUGAUUCAUUUCAGUGAGACGAACGUUGGAGCGUUUGCUUGUUGGCAUUACAAAGGUGGUUCAAAACUUCAAAUCUCAACGGUCACGAAUUCCAAAAAUUUGCUUCGAGGUUGUGAAAUUUAUUCUUUACGCAGAUCCUUUUUCAGACUCGGAAAAUGCGCGAAUGUAUCUCAGUACACGUCGGACAGGCUGGUGUUCAGAUCGGAAAUGCUUGCUGGGAGCUGUACUGCUUAGAACACGGGAUUCAGCCUGAUGGCCAGAUGCCGUCGGAUAAGACUAUCGGAGGCGGUGAUGAUUCCUUCAACACCUUUUUCAGCGAAACCGGCUCGGGAAAACACGUUCCACGCGCGGUCUUUGUCGAUCUGGAACCCACUGUAGUCGACGAGGUGCGCACAGGAACUUAUCGCCAGUUAUUCCACCCGGAGCAACUUAUUACCGGCAAAGAAGAUGCUGCAAAUAACUACGCCCGUGGUCAUUACACCGUCGGAAAGGAAAUUGUGGAUCUGGUCUUGGACCGCGUGCGCAAACUGGCUGAUCAGUGUACCGGUCUGCAGGGAUUUCUCAUAUUUCACAGCUUUGGAGGUGGUACUGGAUCGGGAUUUACGUCUCUUCUAAUGGAGCGCCUGUCAGUGGAUUACGGCAAAAAGUCCAAACUGGAAUUUUCCAUCUAUCCAGCACCGCAGGUGUCCACCGCCGUGGUUGAGCCGUACAAUUCUAUUCUGACCACACACACAACACUGGAGCACUCGGACUGUGCGUUCAUGGUGGAUAAUGAGGCCAUUUAUGACAUUUGUCGUCGCAAUCUGGAUAUUGAACGCCCGACCUACACAAACUUGAAUCGUCUCAUCGGUCAGAUUGUUUCGUCCAUCACUGCGUCCCUACGUUUCGAUGGGGCACUGAAUGUCGAUCUGACUGAAUUCCAAACAAAUUUGGUUCCAUAUCCGCGCAUUCAUUUCCCUCUAGUCACUUACGCGCCCAUCAUCUCCGCUGAAAAGGCUUAUCACGAACAACUGACGGUGUCUGAAAUUACCAACGCCUGUUUCGAGCCGGCCAACCAAAUGGUGAAAUGCGAUCCCCGACAUGGAAAGUAUAUGGCUUGCUGUAUGCUUUACCGCGGUGAUGUGGUCCCAAAAGAUGUCAAUGCCGCCAUCGCUGCUAUUAAAACCAAGCGCUCCAUCCAAUUUGUUGACUGGUGCCCUACUGGUUUUAAGGUCGGUAUCAAUUAUCAGCCACCAACGGUGGUUCCCGGUGGUGAUUUGGCAAAGGUCCAGCGAGCCGUCUGUAUGCUGAGCAACACCACUGCCAUCGCUGAAGCAUGGGCGCGCUUGGACCACAAAUUCGAUCUGAUGUACGCCAAGAGGGCUUUUGUCCACUGGUACGUUGGUGAAGGUAUGGAGGAAGGAGAAUUCAGCGAGGCACGGGAGGAUCUGGCGGCGCUGGAAAAGGAUUACGAAGAGGUUGGCAUUGAUUCGGUUGACAAUGCAGGAGAGGAAGGUGAGGAAUACUGAAUGUAACCGUAAUCUGAGACCAUAAUGGACGCUGUUGGCCUCUUUUAUAUUUAUGUUAAUACCAUAUUAUGCGUUUCCUGUUGCGCUUUUUCGCGGUUGUAAUCUCAUUUAAAACGGAAUUUCAUCUGUGUCAUUAUUGGAGACGUACGUCCACCUUUAUAGAAUUUCGAUUGCCCUUUCUCAUUUGUGUGUCCUUAAUUUUUACGCGGAGAAUUAGUAUGCUGAAUGAAUGCACAUUAGACAAACCUGACAAAAAAACCUUGGAUCUUG